AAUGAAACCAAAAUUGAAUGAGGAGGGAAGGUGCAGAAUGAGUUCAUCAUCUGUUUUAGUUUAGUUUGGUUUAGUUUAGUUUGGUUCAGUUUGGUAAUUAAACAGCUGCAGGAGUGAUUCUCCAAAGACACUGACUGUCUGUCGUUCAUUGACUGUCUGACGGCUGGAAACACACGCGUAUGAGUGCCAUGCCGAAUAAAACCAAGAAAGACAAGGAUUCAACAAAAUCUGCAAAAGUGGGUAAAACAGGAGGGCAGGAGAACUCAGAACAUGAGGGGUCGAAUAAGAAGGGUGGAAACAGCGUCCCGCCGACCACACAGCUGCUGAAGGGGAAACAGUCGGGAUCUCAGGCGACGGUUAAGAAAGAGAAGAGGCCGAGCUCGUCGAGAUUCAGCCUGAGCAACAAUCGAGAGCUCCAGAAACUGCCUGCGUUCAAAGAUGUUCCUCCCGCCGAGCAGGAGAAGUUGUUCGUGCAGAAGCUGCGUCAGUGCUGCGUGCUCUUCGACUUCGUGUCCGACCCCCUGAGCGACCUGAAAUGGAAGGAGGUGAAGCGGGCGGCGCUCAGCGAGAUGGUGGAGUACAUCACACACAACAGGAACGUCAUCACCGAGCCCAUCUAUCCUGAGGUGGUUCACAUGUUUGCAAUAAACAUGUUUCGGACGUUACCACCAUCAUCCAACCCAACCGGCGCAGAGUUCGACCCAGAGGAGGAUGAACCCACGUUAGAGGCGGCCUGGCCACACCUGCAGCUCGUCUAUGAAUUUUUCCUGCGGUUUUUAGAGUCACCAGACUUUCAACCCAACAUAGCCAAGAAAUACAUCGACCAGAAGUUUGUGUUGCAGCUCCUGGAGCUGUUCGAUAGUGAAGACCCUCGAGAGCGUGACUUCCUGAAGACGACUCUCCAUCGCAUCUACGGAAAGUUCCUGGGUCUCAGAGCUUACAUCAGGAAACAGAUUAAUAACAUUUUCUAUAGGUUCAUCUAUGAAACGGAGCAUCAUAACGGAAUAGCCGAACUACUGGAAAUAUUAGGAAGCAUAAUCAACGGUUUUGCCUUACCGCUGAAAGAAGAGCACAAAAUCUUCCUUUUAAAAGUUUUGUUACCUUUGCAUAAAGUGAAGUCACUCAGUGUUUAUCACCCACAGCUGGCUUACUGUGUGGUGCAGUUUCUAGAGAAGGACAGCACACUUACUGAGCCGGUGGUGAUGGCUCUUCUAAAGUACUGGCCAAAGACUCACAGUCCAAAGGAAGUGAUGUUUCUGAACGAGCUGGAAGAGAUUCUGGACGUCAUCGAGCCCUCAGAGUUUGUCAAAGUGAUGGAGCCGCUCUUCAGACAGCUGGCCAAAUGCGUCUCCAGUCCACAUUUCCAGGUUGCAGAGCGAGCUCUCUACUACUGGAACAACGAGUACAUCAUGAGUUUAAUCAGUGACAACGCUGCGCGGAUCCUGCCCAUCAUGUUCCCGUCGCUGUACCGAAACUCCAAAACCCACUGGAAUAAGACGAUCCACGGGUUGAUCUAUAACGCUCUGAAGCUGUUCAUGGAGAUGAACCAGAAGCUGUUUGACGACUGUACGCAGCAGUUCAGAGCCGAGAAGAACAAAGAAAAGGCGAAGUGGAAAGAGCGCGAGGAGGCGUGGAUAAAGAUCGAGAACCUCGCCAAAUCAAACCCACAGUUUCUCAUGUACAUCGACUCCUCCAGCCUCAGCAGUCCGAUGGAUAUGGAGACGGACGGGCCGACAAUUGAUGAUGUCAUGAUGCUAAAGAAGACCGUAGAAGAAGAAGCCACUCAGCUCCACAGAGACCAGCGUAAGGAACGGCCCCUGAUGCGCCGCAAGUCCGAGCUUCCUCAGGACACGUCCAUGAUGAAGGCCCUGGAGACGCACCGGCGCGCGGAGGACAUGAUCGGCACCCAGGACAGCCACUAGAGGACCACAGAAGCCCAGAACCAAACCCAACCCAGUCUCGCCCCGUCGCGUUCGGCACCGACGGCAGCAGCAGCGGCGCAGGACGGCCCCGGUGUGACCCACAAACACACACAGCCAGUUCUGCCCUCCAGAAGCCACCGCACCGGAGUCCGUCCCCCAUCCAGACCCCCUCGACCCGCGCUAAUCUAGUCCCGUCUCACCCUCGGGUCCGUCUUCUUCCGCUUUCCUUCUUUUAAGCUGUUACGUGCCUCUGCACCGACUGGAAGAGCGCUUGACGCGACUGCGUUCGGAGCGAGCGAACGAUUCUCAGGUUGUUCGGAGGGCCGAGAGAGCAGCGCUGAUUUUUGGGCCGACGUCUCGCUUUCUUUCGGUGUCUUUUAUGUAUGAACUGUCAUUUUAGUCUGCGAUGAUAGGGUCCGUCACUCGCCAGUGCGAAUACCCUUCCGUUUUUGUCAAGAAACUUGGCAAUAAGUUCGUCCGGGGAGAUUUUGGUUGUUCAAACAAUGGUGAAAUGGCCUUACGGUGGUUAAUUUCUUUUUCCCAACAGGCAAUAUUUAACGUAUUAAACCCAGUUACGUGUGCGUUUCUUUUUUCUGACCGAGCCUUCGUUUGCAUAGAGUGCCUUUUUAGAUAAAGGAAACCUUUUAUUUUAAGUCUGAAAUUCGCUACUUUGGCUUCAUGCACGCGACGUCAAAAUGCAUUUCGCCCAACAAAAGUCAGAAAACUUCUCCUGAUAAACUUGAACUGAACUGUCCGAAUCCCUCUGAACCAUUGUUUGAACUUCCAUUCGGUUGGAGCUACGGUGCAGUUCUCUUUCUGCGUUUCCCGUAUGUCUGUGACGUGAUUUCUUUUUUUUAAGACGCUUGCAGGUUUUUAUUCUCGGCCCUUGUUGAUGCUUGUUGAUGUUCGAUUUGAAUGUGCAAAUUUAACUAGAUAUAGACAAAUGCAUUAUUUUUCUCUCUCCCAACCUUUCUCUGUUUUUAAUUUAAAUCUUAUCUUUUGGCUGUAGUGCUAAAAACAUAGUCUAUGAAAGAUUAAUUUGUCCUCCCGAAAAUGCCGGUGUCGAUAGCAUAACUUUUUUUUUUCUCCCUCUGGAAGCUUUUAUUGUGGUGAAUUUCACUUUCCGUUUCGUUUCAUGAAAGAAAAAUACAACAGCAAAGUGUCCUUUAGUAUGCAUCCCCCUACUAAAUGGCUUCAUCUGAUAUUGUACAUAUUAUGUACUGUUAUGAUCCAUCUAUUAUUGAAUGGUAGAUCUCUUAUUUUGUACAAAUUUUCUUGUGUACAGAUGAAAACCGUUAUUAGCCACUUGCAGACAGUUGGUGUUUGACAGACUUCUGUAACUGCGUUAGAAAUGUUUAGAGUUUAAUUUCUAAUGUUUUUUUUUUUUUUUUUACUAUUUGUAAUUGAGAACUUUUCUGUCUCUGCAUUCAGCUGUCUGAUGAGAUCAUCAUAAAUAGCCUUCAUAUGUGCUUUUCUCCAAAUCUCAAGUGGUAUAUGUCUAUAUACAGGAAAUAAAGAAAACGUGUUUUAUAUUUUCAUCUUA